CAAAAGAAAAUUAAUAAUGAUAAAUAAAUAAAGAACCAGAAAGGAAGAAUAAUUAAAAAAAAAUUAUUGUCUGGCUCUUAGAAAUUGGAAAUGUGUAAAAAUUGGUGGUGAAAAGUGAAUAUGGUAGCAGCAAAGACAGCGGCAGAAGCAGAUCAGGGAGGGAAUGGAGCAUGAGGCAGAUGGUGCAUUAUGGGAAAAGUUGAGGAAGAGCAGAGGUUGAGUUCAAGUGUGAGCAGUGAGGUAUCAGUGGAGGCUGCGGCUCCUCCAAUUUCAAGCUUGAGCUUCAGAUUUGCUGCAUGUGGAUCCAAAAGAUCUCUCUUUAGCCUUCGAUGCUUCCUCAUCCUGCUCUUUUCUCUUGCCCUCUUCCUUUCUGCUUUAUUUUGGCUGCCCCCUUUUCUUCAUUUUUCAGAUCAGUCUGAUCUGGAUCUUGAUUCCCAGUUCAAAGGUCAUGAUAUUGUAGCAAGUUUUAAUGUUCAGAAGCCGGUUUCUUUGCUGGAAGACAAUCUCUUGCAGCUUGAAAGUGACAUUUUUGAUGAGAUAGGCUUUCCCACAAGCAAAGUGGUUAUCUUAUCUCUCAAACCUUUAACUGGAUCAAAGAUAACAAAUGUUGUCUUCGGGGUUGAUCCUGAUGUAGGAUAUUAUAAGAUAUCUUCAACUGCUCUAAGUUUGAUAAGGGCAUCAUUUGAAUCUUUGGUUAUACGCCAACCACCUCUACGCUUGACUAAAUCCUUGUUUGGGGAUCCAUUAUUCUUCGAGGUGCUAAAAUUCCCUGAAGGAAUUACUAUAAUUCCCCCUCAAAGUGCGUUUCUUCUGCAGAAAGUACAAAUCCCUUUCAACUUUACCUUAAACUUUUCUAUUUAUGAAAUACAAGUAAAUUUUGACGAACUGACAAGCCAGCUGAACGCUGGAUUGCGUCUAGCCCCGUAUGAGAAUUUGUAUGUUAGGUUGUCUAAUUCUGAAGGCUCCACAGUUGCUCCUCCCACAAUAGUCCAGUCUACUGUUCUAUUGGCUGUGGGGAAUGCUCCAUCAAUGCCAAGAUUGAAGCAACUAGCUCAAACCAUCACAGGUUCUCAUUCAAGAAACCUUGGCCUGAACAACAGUGUAUUUGGUAGAGUUAAGCAAGUUCGGCUUUCAUCCAUUUUGCAACAUUCCCUUAAUGGAAGUGAUGGCAAUUCAAACUCGUGGUCCCCUUCUCCUGCCCCGUUACCUCAUCCCAGCCACAAUCAUCAUCAUCAUCACCAUCACCACCAUCACCACCACCUCCACCAUCACCAUCACCAUCACCAUCACCAUCACCAUCACCAUCACCAUCACCACCACAUUGCUUAUCUAGCUCCUGCAGUUUCACCUGCUACAUCAACUGAGAAAGGUGUACCCGCACCUGCAGAUUACUCACCUUCUCCUAAGAUGAUUUCACCUGGAUCUCCAUGGAAUUGCUUGGCAAAUCCUUCAGGUUGCCAAGACAGGAAUAAAAGGAUCAAGGGGAAGACUGGACAGGAGUCUAAUUUAGCCCCUGUUGGUGCACCCAAAAUUUCUCCUCACCAUUCUGCUGAUUUGCCACACAUACACCCAUCUGCAUUGGCACCCAAACCUAAAUGCAGGCCCAUCUCCCAUUUGGUUCCCACAUCUAGUCCACUGCCAAAUGUAGUGUUUGCUCAUGUUGAGGCUCCAUCAAUGAGUAAACCAAAUAAAGAGGAUCCUGACAGAGCGCCUUCAGUUUUGCCAUCAACAUUGGCAUCGUUAGCCUCUGCAGGUCUACCAACUAUGCAAUGGUGGCUGUCACUUGUAUUAGCUAUUAUAUUCCAUUUAUAACAACAGAGUAGUAACAAGCUAUUUUCUAGUUAGAAUAACUUCAUUUGUAUUUGAGGGAGUCAAAUUGUAUAAUCCAAAAUUAAAGGAGCUGUACCAACUAGAGUUGUGUGGAUGCGAGCAACGCAAAGGGCGUGCCCUCGUGUCGGAGUGGAAUCAUAUAUGCUGUUUUCAUGUUGUAAAUAUUUGUAGUGGCAGCAUUUUCAGGUCAAAGUCACAUUGGUGGCAGGCCCUUGAUUAUGUGAUUGCCGCCGCUCUUUUGUCUAUUCGGUUUUGCAGAAAUCAAAGUGGGCAAAAAUAAAAUAAAAUAAAACUAAUCUAUAUGCGUUGCCGCUAUUUUCCAUGUACCCAUCUCCAAAAUUUCCCUUCAAACUCAAUAGAUCUGGGUGGUUUUUAUAGAAUCAUUGUUUCUGGACAGACUUACUCCAUGUUUAUUGAAAUUUGUGGCAUAUUAGAUUUGGGUUUGAGCAUAUUUUAUCCUCAAUAACUUAUUAGAUGUAGGUGUUCUAAUCUGAUUUCUUGCGUGAUU